UCCGGGGCUGUUCGGCUCCCCCGGUGCGGGGCCGCCUCCGACCUGCCUGUGGGCACAUAGGACGCCGCUGCGCUGAGGGAGGGGAUCCGCCUGCGGGGCCGCCCCCCGCUUCCUUGCGCUGGCGCCUGCCAAGUCCAGGGUCCGUGUCCGGGGAUCAUCUUUCUGCUGUUGGCAGAGCAGGGGUCUUUCUUCUUCUUCCAGUAACCCCAUGGACUGCAGAUCCACGGGGCGUCGAGGGAAAUGCUGGUGGUUUUAUUUAACGCUUUCUCCGUGUUGCGUUUUCAUGAGCGCUGUCGUCUUUUCUUCGAAAACUAACCCGAUUGAGCUUGUUUACUAUGUGGGCGUCCUGUUGUAACUGGUUUUGUUUGGAUGGACAACCUGAAGAGAUGCAGCAGCAGCCACAACGGGGUCCCAGAUCCCAGGCAUAUUCCAACCCAGGUUACAGCUCCUACCCUUCUCCUACUGGUUCUGAACAGAGCUGCAAAGGAUGUGGGGCACACUUUGAAAAUUCAUCUAGGAAGCACAUCUGUUUGGAUUGUAAAAACAAUUUCUGUCCGUUGUGUUCAAACCGGCCCGAGAGCGGUCCCCUUCUCUGCCAUCUCUGUCAGCGAUUCCGAGCUACAGCAUUUCAGCGGGAAGAGUUGAUUAAGAUGAAAGUGAAGGAUUUGCGAGACUAUCUGGCACUCCAUGAAAUCUCUACAGAGACAUGCCGUGAAAAGGAGGAACUGGUAUUUUUGAUCCUCAAUCAGCAGCCAGUCAUCACCCAGGAAGAUAGGCUACGAAUACCUCCACUUACCACUGGCACAUCUGGACAGGAAGGCUUUGUUCUUUUCCCACCGCCUAGCCCAGCAUCUGCUACCUCACAUGAUGCCUCUCCAGUGUCCACAGACCCCAUCUCGAGUACACUAACUCAGGAACAUCAACAGGCAAAUGGGUUUGUGCCUCCAAGCCAAGACGACAUGACAGGAAUUGAGAAUGCAGGAGAAGCACCAACAGAGGAGGAGACACAGUCUGUUGACUCGGAGGAUAACCUGAUGCAGGGACGGAGGGCCUCUCUCUCUGACCUGACAAGCAUUGAAGACAUUGACAUGCUGUCUGUAAGACAGCUGAAAGAAAUUCUUGCUCGCAACUUUGUCAACUAUAAAGGCUGCUGUGAGAAGUGGGAACUGAUGGAAAGAGUGACUCGCCUUUACAGAGAGAGAGACCUUCAGCAUCUGGUUUCUGACACUGGUGAUCAAAAUGCUUGUUCAGGUAACACUGGGCUUCCUGGUGCUGAAGAGAAUCUCUGCAAAAUCUGCAUGGAUUCACCAAUUGACUGUGUCCUGCUAGAAUGUGGCCAUAUGGUCACUUGUACCAAGUGUGGGAAGCGUAUGAAUGAGUGUCCCAUCUGCCGGCAGUACGUGAUAAGAGCUGUCCAUGUCUUCAAGUCCUGAGUGAAAGCACGUAAGACCAGUGUUGCCUUAAAGCCUCAUGUGCUGUUAGAGAAAUGGUUAAAAUCUCUACACAUAGUUGAAGGUCCAAGACUAGCGCUCAGACCUCACAGGAUGUCUGAAGUUCAUGAGAGGUGAGGCAAGAGGAAGCUUGGGAAAUUUUCCAUAUUGAAGCCGUGAUUGGAUGCGUCAUUCCCACCACAUUGCUAUACACCACAGUGCCUGGACUCCUUGGAGCCUAAUAACAGCAUCAGACACAGAAAUAACUAACAGCCUGUGAGAGCAGCUUGAUCAACUGGUGAUGGGGGAUAAACAGUCACUGGCUUCCCAACACAAAGACCAGAUUCUGAGGCUUGUUAUUUCCUCUGCAAAUAAUAAAUGAGGACUGAGCUCUCCACACACAACAGUUUUUUUUUGUUUUGUUUUGCUGCUAUUGAAUGUUCCCGUUCUGCUUCUCUUAUUCACUUGCUCUGUGAAUCACCUCCGGUGAUAUUUUUAUUUUCAGGGAACACAAUCUUGGUUGAGCUUGUUCCUUGUUUUGAACAUAUAACUUUACUUUAAGCUCUAGUUUCUAAUGCUUGCAGGCCAGGCUGAAUGUUGCCCCCCUCUGUGUUACCUUCUUCCUAUUCCAAAUGUGUUUAAUUCUAGCUCAGCAGAAUCGAGAAGUGCCUGCUCUGCUUUAAUGUGGAAAGGAGGCAGGAAAGCUUCAGUGUUUAAGAAAUUAAAUAUUCUAUGUAAGACAGCAAAGAGGCACAACAUCUCACCUGGCUUCUUGCACACCUGAAUCCAGUGUUUUGUCUUGGAUGCAAGCUCCUAUGUUUUGUUCUAUGUUGGUUCCUCUUUGUAGAAGACCUGAGAGUAGUACCUUGCCUACAUGGUAACUGAACUGAUUCUUAGUUAUCUUAGGCACCAACUUGCCCAGCGUAUGCACUGCCUGAGCACAAGUGGAAAAAAAUCCACCUUCCCCUGGCAUAGGGAUUUUUUUCUAACAUUGUAAUCACAUGAAGCCCUGGACAAUGUAUUUCUGCACAUCUCAUACAGUGUAGAGAUGAAUCUGUCAAAGUGAUGCUGAAAUAAGGAAAGUGUAGGGAGACGUUCUCCCUGCCUUAGGAACGUUCCCCUAACUGCUUUCUUUUAAUUUCUUGUUGUCUGUUGCUUCCAGUUAAAGUGAUUAGCACUGCCUAGCCUCCUUCAUCUCCCUCUGAGCCACAGGAUACCAGUUCACUCUAUUCCACCAUUCUCAAGUGCUGUCAAAUAUAGAGAUGGUUUUUUGAAUGGCACAAGAUAACUUCUCCCUUGGUAAUGGAAGGGCUAUAGCAUCAUUCAAAUAUACUUCUAUGACAAUCCCAAGUUUCUGAAAACAACUGCAGUUUGGAAAGCCCUUGUGAAUCCAUACUGAAUUGCAUUGUGGGUUUCACCCGCACUCACUAUGAAGUUAAAAAAUGGUCUUACAAGGUAUGUCUUGGGAAUAUGCCAUUCAUUACUGGUUGGCAGCAAAAUAUGAGCUUUCAGAAUAAUCCAGUACUAAUGCCUUAAAUAACUUUUCUCCCCAGCAGUUAUGGGCACACUGGUGUCUUAUUCCAAAAGGCCACCUGGGCCAUUUAGAUUUAACUUUGCUUCAGGAUAUUUAUCUUGCGUGUAGCAGCAGAGUUUAUCAGUGAAGUCUGUCUCAAAUUUUCCUGAAUUGUGAAUGUAAGAACAUCAGUAUUCAGAGAGAGAGAGAGAGAGAGAGAGAGAGAGAGAGAGAGUGUGUGUGUGUGUGGACAUGUAUCCAUUCCCAGCCUCUACAACACUCAAGAUAUACUUAAAAGAAGCCUCUAUUGCAGAUCCAUGCAUGUUUGCAAUAACAGCUGGCAAUAUACGUUAUCAGCUGUCUAACUAUGCAAAUUCAUUUAACACUGCUGUACAUCAGCAGCACUGCCUCCACUCCAGGAAAUGCAUGGAUUUGGAGGGUCUCUUCAGUUUAGAAUAAGGAAAAACUAGUUCUUGGUUAGUAGCUAUACAUACAUACCAUAGUCUAGGUAUAAAGAAAUUUGAGGCUGGAGUUUAUGCAACAUCUAUGUUAGAUGGUGUUUUUGGAUUAUACAGAAACCAGAAUGAUGAAUCAUGUAAAGAAUGGACAGGCUCCUUCCUACCUGAGUGUCUAUGGUGAAUAUGCCAGUUGUAGCUUUACCCUUCUUUCUCUUCCUUGCUGCUACUUCUGGAUAUUCUGCAAUUUCUGACUCAGUGCUCUAGCAGAGUACCAGGCACUCCUCUGUUUCCAGCUACUAAAUUGUAUUACAUUAAAGAUGCAUGAUUUUCCUAGCAGUUUUUCAACGUAAACCAUUACUGUUGUCAUUGCCACUGAAGAGGGUUUCUAUGGCAGUUUCCAAAAUGCAUAGACUGUACUUACUGAGAGGCUUGAAAACUUCUGAUCUAGCAAAUGCACUGUGAAAAUAUUGUGUGUAAUCAUGUUUAGCAAUAAGCUCAGGACAGGGGUCUUGGCAAAAGGAAUAUUUCCCCUAAGAAUACAUAUGUUUCAUCUACUCUCUACAAGCCAUUCUAAGGCUACUAUGCCUAUUUUUCUACAACAGAUAAGCCAACUUGCAGAUCAGUGGAAAAAAAUGUUAUUAGGAAUGAGGUAAUUGCGUGCAGCUUGCUUUCCUAAUACUUAUACUGAAACUAAUUUCCAUUCUUUCCUCCUUUGCAGAAAUGGAUUAUUUAGUGUGAGGCAGUAUGACAACUCACUUUAAAAUAAAUUCAAACUUAAAAAAAUCCAGAGGAAGCAGAUUCAUAACCCAAAAGAAUAUAUACUGAUCAAAAACUAAUAAAGAUAAAAGUGUAUGAAAAUAUUUAAGUGCUUUAUGUACAAUGUGCACAUUUGUUUAAAAUAUUUUGAAAAUUAAUGUUCUAUUUGAAAUGGUUUCUAUUACAUUUUUCUUUCAUUCAAAAAUUGUGGUGGGUACAAAGGUUAAAUAAAACCUAACUAGUUUUGGUACAGAGUUCUGGUUUAUAAUUUUAUAAUAAAGUUGAAAUUUAAUUUAGACAACUA